CCGCCGUCGCCUACUCCACGACGAUUGUUCGCCCGACAGUGGUAUCGCGUCAGCCGUACCGCACUGACGUGACGACGGUCAUCUCACGGCAUUAACCGCAGUUCGCGCGUUCGCGUCUCUACAACAACAACAACAACGAAAUAAUUUUCACAUUGUAACAAAUUAUAAUUGUUGCUGUCGCCGUCCGUCGGGGAAACCGGUCGUGAACAGCAAAAGUCCGUCCGCACGUCGCCCGUUAAUUAUACACCUACCUGUAGGUAUAUACCACACUCCGUGUGCGAACCCGUUCGUUUACCGCAUAAACUCCUUGGCCGUCGGUCAUGCGGUCCUAGACCGAGAAAGAAUUUUUGUUUUCCCCCUCGCCAAGCCGCCCCCCCCCCCUCUGCACGCCAAUUUCCACGCCAGGGUGUAACCGGAGACCUAUUAGGUACACUAUCGCCCCGCCAUGCCGCUGUUCGGCAAAAAAGACGUGUCGAAGAAGACGAAGAAGGACGCGGAAAAGUCGCAGUCCAUCGAAGACAAGUACGACGUCAAAGACCUGCUUGGCACGGGUGCUUUUUCCGAAGUCCGAUUGGCCGUGAGCAAGGAACGUCCGAACGAAAUGUACGCCGUGAAGAUAAUCGAUAAAAAAGCGUUGAAGGGCAAAGAGGACUCUCUGGACAACGAGAUCAAAGUGUUGCGAAGGUUCAGUAAGUCGGUGAAAAGGAGUGAUCAUUCGGGGACCGACGAUAAGAACGAGGGUCAAUGGCUCACUCAUCCGAACAUCGUGCAACUAUUGGAAACGUUCGAAGACAAGUCCAAGGUGUAUCUCAUCAUGGAACUGGUAACUGGAGGAGAGUUGUUCGACCGCAUAGUGCAGAAGGGUUCGUACACUGAAAAGGAUGCAGCCCAUUUGAUCCGCCAGGUGCUGGGAGCUGUGGACUAUAUGCACGAACAGGGUGUCGUGCACAGAGAUCUUAAGCCCGAAAACUUAUUGUACUACAGCACAGACGAUGACAGCAAAAUCAUGAUAAGUGAUUUUGGAUUGUCCAAGAUAGAAGAUUCUGGCGUUAUGGCGACUGCUUGCGGAACUCCUGGAUAUGUCGCUCCGGAAGUGUUGGCUCAGAAGCCCUACGGGAAAGCAGUGGACGUCUGGAGCAUUGGUGUCAUUUCUUACAUAUUGCUGUGCGGAUAUCCUCCGUUUUAUGACGAGAACGACGCGAAUCUCUUCGCUCAAAUCUUAAAAGGUGAAUUUGAAUUCGAUUCUCCGUACUGGGACGACAUUAGCGAUUCGGCGAAAAACUUUAUAAGGCAACUGAUGUGUGUUGAUGCAGACAAACGAUACACGUGCCGUGAAGCACUGGCUCAUCCAUGGAUAUCUGGCAACGCGGCCAGCAGCAAGAACAUUCACGGAACCGUUUCGGCACAGCUCAAAAAGAACUUCGCCAAAUCCAGAUGGAAGCAAUUAAUGAACGCCAUAUCCAUGGUGCAUAAAAUGCAGAGGUUAGCGAUGAACGUGUCGGAAGUGUCGGACACAUCGCCUUUGUUGCCUGCUGCGGCAGGCGCGCAGCCGAACAGACAGAAGUGUGCUACGAUUGUAGAGGAAGCCGAGAUUGAUGAUUUUGACGGUGACGACGAUCAUGGCCAAGAUAAUAAUGGCUAUGGCGCCGAAGCAAGCAUACCACGCGACAACGGUGGUGCGGCAGAUGAAAAAAAUGGCCUUGAACAGCGGAGCAGGAAUUAGCCAGGAUGCGAGAAUGGACAACCAGGACUAUCUGGUCAACGGGAUGACCGAAUCCAACAGACUCUAAGAAUUUCUCGUUUUACUUUCAUAUUAUACAAUUAAUAUUAUCAUAAUUAUUAUUAUUAUUACUCUUCUAAUUUUUAAAUAUUAUCAUUAUUUUAUCUUUUAUUUUAUUUCAUUUUUUAAAAUUUUUUUUGUGUUAACGAGAAUAAUUCUACACAUAUCUCUUAUAUAUCGAUAAAAUAAUAUAAACUCUUUACCCAGUAACCCAUCACCCAAUCAGAUUCGUUUAUACAGAUGUAUCAAACCAUAAGAGCGGCGAUAAUAAUAUACAAUAGCCAAUAGGUAUAUAUAAUAUUACAUAAGUGUACUUAUAAAUUGUGUAAUUUUUAGACGUAUAUGUAUAUACAUAACGCCAUAUGGGUAUCGACUAUAUUAUAUAUAGUAUAAUAUAAUACCUAUGUGUAUAUAUUAUAAUUUCUAACAUAUUUCUAACAUAAUAUACAAAAAUACACGCGAGUACACGCGAAAUUAAUUUCUUUACUUUGCCGUAAAUCAAAUAUUUUUUGCUCAUCAUGACUUCGACGACGUUGUAUAAUACAAUAUUCAAAAAAAAAAUAAUAAUAAAAAAAAACGUGUAGAAUUAUACUAAUAUUAACAAUAUUAUAAUUAUUAAUGUUAAAAAAAAAAAAAAAAGACAUUAGAAUUUACACAUUUAUUUUAGUAAGUGUAAUAAUGAUUAUAAAUCGAAACGUAAGUACAUAAAUAUAAUAUUAUACACAACGCGCCAUGUCCCUUCCGUAGAAUUUUCGCUCCAAAUACAAAAUACUAACCCACGGGUUCGCACAUUUUCUUUUAUUCAAUCCGACCGAACCGAAACGGUUUCGACAAUAAAUUUCGUCGUUUGAGCUGUAUAGGUACACUGCGUAUAUUAUACAUUCUUUGAGUAAAACGAGAUUCGACAUUGUUUGAUAAUAAUAACAAUAUUAUUAUGUACAUUUCAAGUUUGUACACAUUAUAUUAUUUCAAUAAUACGCUGAAAACAAAAACUCAAUUAAUAUUAAUGAAAAGUAAAAUAUUAUAUCGUUGUAAAAUAUAUAUUUUAGAUGUGAUAAUAUUAUAUAAUAUAUUAUUAUUAUAUAUUAUAUUUAUUACAAAACGUUACAUCGUCUAAAGAAUAGUAAGUACGGGCAGACGCGUUAAAUAUUAUAAAGUACUUUCGAUUUUCGAAUAAUUAUAUUUGAUGGAUACAGUUUAAUUUUAAAUAGGUACGAUAUUAAUAUAUUAUAUAUGUAUAUUAAAUAUAAAAAAACACCCGCUUUUAUUAUAUUAUUAUGUUUUAUUGUUUACGACAUAUUAUUAUAUUAUUAUACAUCGUUCUAACGUUACGGUUUUUGUUGUUUACUCUGUUAGAACUUUAAAUAUUAUUAUUAUUACUAUUUUCAAAAAAUAAAACUCACUAUAGCUACAUUUACGCUAUUAUUAUUUUAUUAUUAUUAUUAUUAUUAUCGUCAUCGUAAUUUUCUACCAUUUAAACUAUACAAUAAUUAUUAUAAUGUAGACUAUAAUACAAUAAUGCGCCCGCCGGUUGUUGUAUUUUUGGUACCUACCUACUACAACUAUACAGUGUCGUACGAAAUAAUCGAAUGGAAAUCGAAUGGUAACAUAGAAAUUGAUUUGUAGACCAUAAUAUUAUUAAACACAAUAAUUAUACACAUGCGGGUAGGUACAGGAUAAGACGUGGACAACAAACUGCGUUAGGUUUUUUAAAAAAAUUACAAUUACCGAUCAUGCAGAUUAUUAUUUUUUUAUAACGGAUAAUAACUAUAACAUAAUAUACAUUUAAGUAAUUUGUGUGCGUUGCUCAAAUACGUCCGCGAGGUGAAUCUCGCCGACCAUAUAGGAACCGUUUAAGAAAAUGAUAAUAAUAAUAUGUUAAACAAAUACCUGUAAUGUUGCCCCCGAGCUGCAUCAUGAAGCAUUCGAAUAUACAUAGUUAUUCACCUACUUUUUUCCCCCAUCGACACAUUCGAAAAACUAUAGGUACCUACCUACCUAUUACCUGGACACGAUCACUUUUCUGAAGGCGUAUUAUUAUUAUUAUUAUUAUUAUUAUUAGUCCACUGACCGGUGUUGAAUGGGUAGUGUUAAACAUAUUAUCAUUCGACUUCUAAAGUUCUCUAUAACCGUCCGCGGACGAGUCGUUUACAGCGAUCAUAAAAUAUGAUUAUGAUAAUAACCACCUGUACGGUCAAAAAUUUUUUUAAAUAUUUUGGCGUUUAUUUCCGUGUCGUUUUGUUUAAGAGACUCGUAUUUCGAACACACUAUAAUACAUACCGAGUGGUAAUAUUAUGAUAAUGGUUAUUUUUAAAAUAUGGUCAGUGGUCACUAAACUAUAAAAGGUAUAAUCCAUAGACACAGUCAGAAACACACAUGAUAUUAUAUUGAUGAAAUAAUAUUUUAAUGAAACAGCUCGUUGUUCAUACAUUAUUAUUUACCUAAUUAUUAUUAUUUUUACUGCGACAACAACAACAAUAAAUCAUUAAAAUUAUAACAACAAUAAUAACGAAUAAUACUAUAGGUAAAUUGUAUUCAUAUUAUAUUAUAAUAUUAUUGAUGUUCUUAUAAUUUCUAUUUAGUAGGACACGAAUUUUACGAGAAAGCGCUUUUUAUUUUACUACGCACAUAUUUUAUAUUAAUUUUUAUUAUUAAUAAUAUUAUCAUCGUUUGGAUUGCUCUUUAGGAUUUUUAUCUUAUCGUUGUGAUAACUCUAUUAUACGCUAAGUGGGUUUUCCUUUCAUUAUUUUCUUACCGGUUCACAAUAUGACUAUUUAACCAGCCGAUAAAUCACGAAUAUGGUUUUCGUCUUGUUUUAAUUGACAUAUCAUACCUAGGUAUACUGUCAUGUUUUAGCCUAACUCUGCGUGACCGUAAGAAAUGUUAUAUUAUUAUGUUAAUACUCUUAUGACGAUCCGGCCAUGUUAGUGGUAAUAAUAACAAUAAUAAUGAAGUACCUAUAUUUAUCUUUCAUAAAACUACAAAUCAUAAUAAUUUUUAGGUACAACUUGAUAUUAUAUUAUAUACCUAAAUUUAAUAUAUUUUAAUAUGACGUUAUUAUUUGCUGUAAAACACAAAAAAAAAACUAUUUAAGUCACGCAGGUAUCGCAAGUCACUGUAAUGUGUUAAUAACAAUUAUUAAUAAUAGCGUAAAGUUUUAUCGGAUUCGACGUUUCUCGGAUCAUAAUACAUACAAUAAUAUUAUAUUAUAGUCAUCAUAACAUUAUGUAUGUUGUGUUUUAAUUAUUAAGUCUUAUUUUUAUUACAAUUAUUAGUAAAAAUAUAUCUAAAUUAAUUUUUGUUCAACUUUGUACAAUUAUAAAUAAUAUGAUUUUUUUAUGUGUCAUAAUAAUACAAAUAAUAUAUACACUCUACAUAUACGAGUAAUAGUAAUAUAUAUAAAUUGUUCUUCGCAUCGUAGCUGACAAUUUUUUUUCAACAAUUAUUAUUAUAUUAUUUAAAUUUUAGUGCAAUAAAUUUAGUUGACUACAAAUGAG